AGCAAUAUCGGUUAGAACCCAUGUCGGCGGAAAGGAAGGCGAGGUGGAGAAAAGAAAUCGAUUGGCUCUUAUCGGUCACUGAUUACAUUGUUGAAUUUGUGGCCUCCCAACAAACAUUGGAGGAUGGAAGAAGCAUGGAGGUAAGUGCCCUCUUGGUUUUGUUAGCAACAUCUAAAAACACCAAUGUAUAUGAUAUAUGCUGUUUAUUACAGAUAAUGAUAACUCAGCAAAGGAAAGAUCUUCGCAUGAACAUUCCGGCUCUACGAAAGCUCGACGCAAUGCUCAUCGUAAGAAAAAUGCACACAACUAGUAUUUGCAGAGGAGAUUCUAACACUUCACCGUGACCAUGCAGGGGUACCUUGACAACUUCAAGGACAAAAAGGAGUUCUCGUAUCUGUCAAGGGAUGCUACCGAGAGGGGGAAGAGGGCCGACGAUAAGUGGUGGCUCCCGACCGUAAAAGUCCCAGAAAAUGGUUUGUCCGAGGAAUCCAGGAAAUGGAUGCAACAUCAGAAAGAGCUUGUUAACCAAGUACUCAAAGCUGCUAUGGCUAUAAAUGCUAAUGUUAUAAUGGAAAUGGACAUUCCAGAAGACUACAUCGAAAAUCUUCCUAAGGUAACAAUUUCAAUGCCAUUAUCAAAAAUGGAAUCUAUGUCCUGACACUGAUCAAUUUCCGUGACACAGAAUGGAAGGUCAAGCCUGGGAGAUUCACUCUACAAAUUUAUCACAGAUGAAGGAUUUGAUGCAGAUGCAUUUCUUGAAACACUAGACUUGUCGACUGAGCACAAAAUAUUAGACCUCAAAAACCGUAUCGAAGCAUCGGUGACCAUUUGGAAGAGGAAGAUGAACAACAAGGAUGUCAAAUCAUCAUGGGUUACAGUUGCAGGGGUUUCAGGUGUUAGUCAGGGUAAGCGGGAACAAUUCGAAGAUCGAGCAGAGACUAUCUUGCUCAUUCUUAAGCACAGGUUCCCUGGUAUCCCUCAAUCGGCACUUGACAUAAGCAAAAUUGAAUUCAAUAAGGUAUAUGACGAUAACAAAAUGAUCUAAUUUGUCAGUAGUGAUCCAAUAUUGACCUCCUGAGAUUGUUAAAAAUGUUUUAGGAUGUUGGGUUAGCUAUCCGGGAAAGCUACUCAAGGGUUCUAGAAAGUUUAGCCUUCACUGUGAUGUCGCGGAUAGAAGAUGUUCUCCGUGCAGAUAACCUUGCUCGGAACCCACCAGAUGAAGACUUGAAGAGAAAGUCACCAAAGAUAGAAGAACCAGAACCAGUUAAAGCAGAGGAAGUUAUUCAACUUCAGAAAAUUGAGUCCAAUGAUUCCAUGACCCUCUCAGAUUUCAUGGAUUGGCAGAUGGAUCAAGAAGCUCAGGAAAACAACGAAGACUCAGGUAUCGGGGACAAUACCCCAGGGCUAGACAGUGCAAAAUCAGGAAAGAAAUCGCCAAAAGUUGCGCCUAACAAGAAAUUCUACUACUUAGAGAAGCUAGUGUACUGGGAUGCUUAAGCUGCUCAAAAUCUUGCAUCGAACUACUUUGUAAAAAAUCAUCGAUGUCAAUCCCAAGCCCUGAUGAAAAAGAUUGAGGUCUACAUUAAGUUGCCAAACAACAUGGAACACAUGAAUAUUUUAUGACUGAAUCCAUCAAAACUUAGAAUAAUUUCAUAUAAGUUCUCAUAAUUUUAAUUUUCUAUUUAUGUUCUACAAAUUUUCAACUUUUCACAAAUCAAGCAGACCUUAACCUUUGUUUUCCUACAAAG